GAUGGAUAUAUCGUCAAAAAGCAUGUAGACACUUUCAAGCGUUGUUAGGUGUGCUGGCCCUUUAAGAGAACAGGUGCAUCAGUGCCAGGUGGCUGUGAGGACAACCCGGAAGUCGACGUCAUUAGCUUAGCAUGUCUUUAAUCGCGUACCAAAAUGCCCAUGAAUUCAACUUGCCCGGGUCAACUUUGCCCACGGGGCGUCCUAACUGGCGACACGAUGAGACAACUUGUGGCCUUCGUCGUCGGGCUCUCACUGACAGUUUUUGUGCGGGCGCAGGACCAAAUCCAGAUACAGUUCCAGACAGACCCGGUGCUUGUGCUGAGCGGCACCGAAAUCCAGUUCACCGUAAUAACCGUCCCCGAUGUGCUGUCUAUGACGUGGUUGUACGAGGGUGUCACGCUGGGUCUGUUCGCCGGCGGCUCCCCCGUCAUCAACGAGGUGCAGCAGUUUCGUGGCCGGGUCACCAUCACGGCAACGCAGCUCCGCAUCCGAAGCGCCCAGCUGGGAGACGCGGGGAGGUACACGGUGGAGGUGGUCCCGCUCGCCUCCACGGGCCUGACGUCCAACUCCAGAUCAGUACCUCUGAGGGUUUUUGGUACUCCGGUGUCCUCCCACAUUCCAAAAAAAUGCAUGACGCCGUGUCCGGGGUGACUCUCUCUGUGCCGUCGGUGGCGACGGAAGGCGGAAACAUCACACUGAUGUGCACCUCGGGCGGCACAGCGCUCACCUUCCAGUGGGGAAAGGGCGGCGUCACAGUCACCGAAGACGGCAGGAUAACCAUCGCCGGCGGCUCGUUGGUCAUCAACCCGGGCCAGCGGGCCGACACCGGAGACUACACGUGCACAGUCAGCAACCCAGUCAGCGCCCUCGCUGCCACACAAAGUCUCACCGUCUUCUACGGACCUGACACCCCAGUCCUGACCAAGGACGCCCCCAAAGACUGCGUGGGCAGUGCCGACGUCCAGGCGGGCCAGAUCUUGCGUCUCACCUGCCUGUCGGACUCGCUGCCCCCGGCCCUCUUUACGUGGCAACGCGACGGCGAGACCGUGGCGUCGGCGCAGCCCGACAGCGGCGUGCUCAGCGUCCAGACCUCGUCCACAGACGACAGUGGCCGCUACACGUGCACCGCCAGAAACGCCGUCACCAGCGGCACGUCGGAGCGAGCGACGGACGUGUCCGUGGAAAACACUUGUCUGGACGCUGGGGAAGUGGCGGGCAUCGUGAUUGGCAGCUUUCUGCUACUCGUCAUCCUGGUGCUGCUUAUUGUGUUGCUGGUGUGUCUCGUGCUAAGGAGGCGGGCUCGACAAAGGCAAGGAGAAGCCGUCGUGGUACAGAAGAACCACACAAAUCCCCGGCCUCUACCUCCAGAUCAACGUGUUAACAUCGCUAGGAAUCCAGGCCAAGGUCCUGACCCCCCUGUCUUUCAAUCAAACACGCAAGCCCGUCGCCCCCCAGGGUUGUACGCCACCCAGCGCCAAAGGCCUGGCUACCUGCAGGCACUACAGCUUAGCAACUUGCAACAAAACGGCACUGCGCCUGAACUUCGAGGCGACGUUAGACACAACGCAUCCUCGUACCCGCUUAAUGGCGUCGACAACCCGGCUUUCACGCGAGCAGACACGCAGCAGAUCAAUCCAAACAUUGUCAUACAGACAGGUGCCGCCCAAAACAGUCAACGGCCCGCGGGGGUCCAGCUGAGUCUGACGCAAGGUUCCCAGCAUAAUGCACAGAUGCCCACCAUUCAUGUCAACCUUAACACCUUCCCUCAGCAGGAAACCAUUAAUAAUGCUACCCAAUUAAUAGACACAGGGCAGUCAAAUCCCCAAAUGCAAAGCGGGUCCGCCCACCAGGGUCCAGCUGAGAGUCUUCAAACUCAGCCAGGGCUCAUCCCGACUCGAUACACACACUCGCACGCUUCUCAGCGCAAUGCCAAGACACAGACUUACCAACAGGAAAGCCUACGUACCUCCUCCCACCGGCAUAUGCCGUGGGAUCGCCUACGAGGGACACCGGCGUAUCCUAGCGGGACCCUUCCGAGGGGACUGACCUCAGACACUACGGACUACACCAACCAUCCACCUUUGAGACAAAACCAAACACAGCCGCGAGGUAGAAAUGCUUUUCGGGAGGACACAGCCGCUGCAGGUCCGGGGGACCGGACGAGGAGCCACUCAGCUGAUUUUUGGGACUUGCGCACCCUGAGAGUGCCGCAACUUGAACCCGCUGACCACUCGCACAGAAAACCCCCGACGCAAAGGGAGAGGGCCAGGCUUGACUCGAGGGUUCCACCUGGUAUUCAACCCGUCUCCAGCCAGGACACCACGCAAAGUACCAACCCUUUUGUGAGCCAGCAGGCUGCUUUCAGACAAAGUGACCUAUUUAGUUCGGAUACCAGAGCACUGGCUGAUCCGAACCACCUCCUCCAAGCACAAGUGGCCCAACAACAGAAGGCGGCACUGGCCCAAGCGCAAAGCCAAGCGGCUCAAACCCGCAGCCCUGGCCGACCUCGCCAAGCAGCCCCAGUCUCGAACCAGCGUCAACCCAGUGCCCUCACUCAGGCGGCACUUAAAUCCCAUACAGAGAGUGCGCAGACCUUCCAGAACCCGAGACAACAAACCCAAGCAGCCCUGCUUCACCCCGGAUCCCAGGCUCAGCCGACUUCUGCCACCGGGGGACCUCGACCGCCUACCCCGCCGCCUGUUAUCCCCUUCACUCGGUUCCAGAGCCUUCCCAGGACCGACACCCAUCACAAAUCGCAUCAACACCGCCCCGGGAACGUUGGACACAAUCAUCAACCUCCAAAAGUGGCUGCCCUCGCACGAGGGCAUGCCGCCCACGCUAGACACGGCCGUACCACUCACGGCCGUGCCGGCCACGCCACCCACCCACGGCAGGCUCACCGAGGGAGGCCGAGGUGACGACAGAUCUCGGCAGACGAGUCGCACUCUGCUCCUUUGUCUCGUCUUCCCGCUCAUACAGCUGAAAGAUGUGAGCUGUGAAAACGCCGAAACAACAACAAAAAAGGUUCCUUGCUCCUAAAGCUGGUAUUUAUAAAAACAUUUACAAAAAAAAACUCCUCACGGUGGAUGAAGCAUAAGCAGACAAGUUCAGUGAGCCAAGCUUACAUAAUGCCGUGAUUCAUCAUUCAAACAAGACUAAAUGCACUUCGGUAGUGAGCCUCCCCACUGAAACCCUAAUGCACUCUGAGGCUAUGUCUACGUGAACAUGGGUAUUUUUAAAGACUGAUACUUUUUAAAGUAUUUUGACCUCAUAGUCACCAUUGAUGUUCUUGUCUUUUCUGGAAAUGACUUUCUUCAGCCUUCUGACUGGCUAAAAUGGUCUCAUAGGGGUUAUAACGCCACCUUUUGCUUUGACAUGCACCCUUAUUGUGUUUUGUUUCUUUUUAAACUUUAUUUUCAAGGGUUUUGAUGAGUACGUAUCUGUGCAUAUAAGAUUCUCCCUUUUUGUCAUUUCGCCUUUGGGCUUCCUUGUCUUUCCCGGAAAUGACUUUCUUUAGCCUUUUGAUGAGCUAAAAUUGUCUGGUACAUGUUGUAUUGCCACCUUUUGCUUUGGCAUGCAUUUGUUUUGUAAUUAUUUGUUUUAAUGUCAUUUUUAAGUGUUUUAAAGUAUUAUAUAAGAGUCUCCCGUUCCUACAUUCAUCACUGUCGCGUUUGUGCCUUUUCCAGAAAUAAAUUCAGCCUGAUUGCCAAAAAAAUAAAAUAAAAGCCUUGUAGGUGUUAGUGUCACCUGUUACUUGGUAUGCACUUUUUAAAAAAAAUUAAAAAUAAUUUCAAGGGUUGUAAGGAAUAUCGCUAAACAAAUAAUUCCCCCCUUCCUCCUUGCACUACAGUUGUUCUUAUGCCUUUUCCGAGAGACUUUCUUCACCAUUCUGAUUAACUAAAAUGGCCUGGUACAUAUAUAUUUUUUUAUUUUGCCUGCACUUUUGUAGUAUUUUUUGGUUUUUUUUUGUUGUUGUUUUUUUUGGGAGCAUCUCCAUUUGUGAAAUUUACUAUUUUCUAAAUUCAUCAGUUUGUUUUAACAUUAUUUUAAAGUGUUUUUAAGGAUCUCUCAAAUCACUUUUUUGGGGGGUGAAAAGUAUUUAAAGAAAUACCCAUGUAUCUGUGGACAUAGUCUAAAUGAGAAACAAAUGCAAAUUACAUGAUACCAAAUGAGCUAUACAGGGCUGUCUUAAUGUACAAUAGACUAUUUAUUUUUGUGCCUUCUGUUUACGGAUGCUCGUCGCGACACUUCUCAAUUAAGAGGAUUGGCCUCGGCGGAGCCGGGAAGCGAUGCUCGGCUAACCAUGAAGGGGAUGCGACAAUUGGACGGGUGCUUAUUAAUUAAACGCUUUUAUGCGACUUAAAUGAGUUGGGGAAAUAAUCGCACCAAUGCAUGCGUGAGGUCAGCACAAAGAGCCGAGCUAAGUCCAGCCGGAGUCGCUUUCUGCUGAAAAAGCCAAUUUACUGUCUAAUGUCAGGGUCAUAAUCAUGGAGGAAUGUCAUUAUAUGUAUUUAUUGAUUUUGAAUUUUCUUUACUCAGGGAUGUCCUUCCGAAUGUUUUAUGUAGCUUGUGGGUGUCAUAAAUUAUAUUUUUCAAGUUGUAUACUGCCAAGAAAAAAGUUGAUAGUGCCAAAGGUAACAAUGUAUGCAAGUGCUAUCUAUCGCUUAUGAUUAUGAGCAAAUAAUAAAAGUCUGUUUACAAUGGA